AUGAGCAGCGAAUCUCUGUUACCUUACUACACAGCUAACAACUACCAAUCAAUGGGUGUGUUCAACACCUCCAUGGGGGACCUGCAACGCCAACUGUAUAAGGGGGGAGAGUAUGACAUUUUCAAGUACGCACCGAUGUUCGAGAGUGAUUUCAUUCAAAUCAGCAAGAAGGGAGAGGUGAUUGACGUUCACAACCGGGUCCGAAUGGUGACGGUGGGCAUCGCCUGCACCAGCCCCAUUCUCCCCCUGCCUGACGUCAUGCUGCUGGCCCGGCCUGCUAAAGUCUGUGAAGAGCAUGCCAGGCAGGUCUGGUCUGCCAAGGGGAGAGGCCGCAGGCCUGCCAAGAUGCUAGAGCUCACCAGACUACUUCCCUUGAAGUUUGUCAAGAUCUCCAUUCAUGAUCGAGAGAAGCAGCAGCUCCGUCUGAAGCUUGCCACAGGCCGGACAUUUUAUCUUCAGCUGUGUCCCUCUUCAGAUACCCGGGAAGAUCUCUUUAGCUACUGGGAAAAGCUUGUCUAUCUCCUGAGGCCACCAGUGGAGAAUUACAGCAGUACCCCGACGCUUCAGACCAGGGGCAUGACCUCUGAGGACGACAGAAGCCUAGUGGCUGGAGAGCUCCAGGGAGAAGGUGAUCGGAAUGAGACUGGAGUCCACAAGCUGUGUGAGGUGUCAGCUGCCAGCUCUUCUGCCUACGCUGGGGGAGAGGGAAUCCAACGCGGAAUGCCCAGUGCAGCUUCUGUGGCCACAAACCCUUCAGGGACUACUGCGGGAGCAGCAACAGGGGCAGCAGGCGGCCUGGCAGUGGCAGGGACAGGAACAGGCCCCAGAGGAGGCAUGGCACUCGCAGGGGCAGCAACACGCCCUGCGACAGGCGCCAUGAGCAUAGCGGCCACCAAGCCUGCAGGCUCGGGCGAGGGCACUGCGACCCUGGUGGGAGCAGCCACCAAGAGUGCAGAAGCCGGUGGAUCCAGCAAGGCUGUGGCAGGUGCCACCAACAUAUCCUCAGGCAGCAUGGAUGUGGUCCUGGUGGGUGCUGCCAGCGCCUCCUCUGCGGGAACUUCCACCACAACAGCAGGGACUGCCAGCCUCACCCAAGACAGCAGCUUGAGUGUGGCGUUUGCAGGUUCCAUGGCGACCGGCAAGCCUGGUGCAGAAAGAACCGAGGGACCCGCGCUGGGGCCCCUCGUGUCCACCUUGCAAAGUGAAGGCUACAUGAGUGAACGUGACGGAAGCCAGAAGGUCUCCAGGUCCAGUGCUGAUGCCCGGAAGGAAAAAAAGGAGAAAAAGGGAAAGAAGGACAGAAACCAUAGCAGGAAAAGUUCCCGUCACCAUAGGACAGGGGAGAGUCACCACAGGCUAGGAGGGGACAAGACCCGGAAAACAUCCUCCCACCGGUCCGUAUCUGGCCACAAGCACAAGAGAGAUGACAAGAAAGAAAAGGGGCAGCCCAGUGCCAGGGGCAAGGAACAUGGCUCUUCUCGCAAGAGCUCCAGCCACAGUGCCACCAAGAAGGAGUCAAGGAUGACUCACAAGCUGGGGAAGAGUCGGUCUGCAGCGAGCUCAGGUACUUUAAGCAAGAAAGCCAGUAAAAUCAGCUCUUUUUUUAGGAGCUUCAGAGCCACCCCUAGUUCAAAAACAAGGGUUGCAUCCCACGAUCGGGAGGUGGACAUCAUGGCAAAGUCGGUGGAGAAGCGCAACAUUGAGGCCAAGGUGGAGAAGACCCCGGCCGGCCAGGAGCUGGAGCUCAUCAGUGGCACCGUGACGUCCGAGACCACGGAGAUGAUCAUCAUUGAAACCAAAGCCGUUUAA